UCCGAAAGGAAGUCUUUAUAGGCAGCACUAGGAAAAGUGUACAACUUUGUUAAGGAUGGAGUCUUUAUGGAAGUUAGUGUAUUUGCUUGAACCAGCGCCAAUUGCUCUUAUUCUGACUGCGAUAGCUGUGUCAUAUGCAUCUGCAUUUCGGGCUCUAAACUAUGGCAAAGAAAUGGAGCGAAAUCAUGAUUGGUCUGAAGCAUCGAUCACGUUAGACAGGUCUCAGGCUCUUAUGAUCCCGAUAGUGAGCUCUUGCAGCUUGCUUUUGAUGUUCUAUUUGUUCUCUUCGGUCUCACUGGUCCUCACAGUGUUUACUGCAGUUGCCUCAGCAUCAUCUCUUUACUUUUGCCUGUUCCCUUAUAUUGCCCAAAUCAAGUCCCGGUUCGGCUUAGCUGACCCUUUUGUAUCUCGAUGUUGUUCCAAGCCAUUUACUAGGAUCGAAGGGCUUUUGACAGUGCUAUGUGUUGGCACAGUAAUAAUGUGGCUUGUCUCUGGGCAUUGGAUACUGAAUAAUUUGUUGGGCAUCUCUCUUUGUAUUGCUUUUGUGAGCCAUGUUCGCCUUCCUAACAUUAAGAUAUGUGCAAUGCUCCUCGUCUGCUUGUUUGUGUAUGACAUAUUCUGGGUUUUCUAUUCUGAGAGACUCUUUGGCGCAAAUGUUAUGGUGUCUGUAGCAACCCAGCAAGCAUCCAAUCCUGUACACAUGGUGGCAAAUAGUUUGAGCCUUCCUGGAUUGCAGUUGAUAACCAAAAAACUCGAGUUGCCUGUCAAGAUUGUGUUCCCCAGAAAUUUACUGGGUGAUGUAGUGCCUGGAUAUGCUGCUGCUGACUUCAUGAUGCUGGGUCUUGGUGACAUGGCUAUUCCUUCUAUGCUUUUAGCAUUAGUUCUCUGUUUUGACCAUAGAAAGAGCAGGGACUCUGAAAACAUCUUGGAUAUACCACUUCCGAAGGAGGAUAUAUCAUCUCCAAAGGGGUUUAAGUACAUAUGGUAUGCCCUAGCAGGAUAUUCACUUGGACUGGUUACUGCCUUAGCAGCUGGUAUUUUGACUCAUUCGCCACAACCAGCACUUCUAUACUUGGUACCGUCAACUUUGGGGCCGAUAAUUGUCAUUUCAUGGAUGAGAAAGGAGCUAGCUAAGCUGUGGGAAGGAUCACCAUCAAAAAUAAAUGGGAAAACUCAUUUUACAGAAGUUUGAACCCUUGCAUUCCUCGCAUGAAGCUUCAGCUAGGGAGGGCGAGUCGAAACCUGUAAAUGUACGUGGGAUAAUUCAGCCCCAUAUGUUGGAGACAAUUUGUUGGACCUUUUAAGUCUUGCGUAUAUUUACAAGGCUGCCAGUCUUGAGACAGUGACGAGCCUCAGGCUUCACAAAUGCUAAUAUUUCUAUUACUGGAGUUGCAUUGUCUUUAUUCCUCCCCUUUCCCCAAUCUUUUCUAGGGAAAACUGGUAAUAUUAUUUUAGAAGGAGAGGUGGAGACUGGAGACCACCAUUUUCUUCUCUUCCUUUAUGGUCCAUAUGAGUUUCACUAGGUACUGUUACCUUUAUUGGGGAUUUAAUAGCUUACUAACUAGAUUAA